AACAAACACACGCUUUUCGGAGUUAGCGGCAUUGUCGUCGGUGAAAUAUCUUAACGUCAUCGUCAGAAGAAGUGACAAGAAUCUUACAUGGAAGGAAGGUCAAAUACUGCUGGUUCGAGAGCAAUGUCAGGAACUAAAAAAUCUGCCACAAAUGUGAGGAACAACAUAUCUCGACCACAGAGUAAAGAUGGUGGAUCAACAAGGGACCUUCUCAGCAGAGAGGAAGAGUACAAACGUCUGAACCAAGAAUUAGAAGCAAAGACGGCUGAUCUAGUUCGUGAAGCUGAAGAGGUUAUGACAAGAGAAGAGAGCUUCAUGGCCAGAUCCAGGCUCCUGGACAACAUCAACUCUGAAGACUUUCUCAAGGACUUUGAGGAUGAUGAAUACUCAGACAACAAUGGUGGAGUUGGCAUUUCCCCCAAGCCUCCAAGUAGACCCACCUCUAACCUGUCAAAUCAAAGUCGGCCACAAUCAAAAACUCCGAGGACCAAAACGGGAACAAGGUCACGACCCAGAAGUGGGGCUAAACCAUCUGGAGGAGGAGCAGAAGACGUGGCCGUCCCUGAUGAUAUGUUUAUGACAGAGUUUAAGGACUUCUCCCUCAAACAUACUAUAUCACACAUAGAAGGUCAGGCAGAACAAGGACUGCUCCCCAAUGAUGAUGAUGAUGAUGUUUUACCAGAGGUAGCAGCAGACAUGGGCUCAGAGGCCACUAUCAGAUUUCUCAAAGCCAAGCUGAGAGUGAUGCAGGAAGAGCUGGAUAGGUUAGCCCAGGAAUGUAGCAUCAAGGAUGAGAAAAACAAUGCUCUAUCAAGCAAAGUGAAGGAAGUAGAGGAGGAGAGGAAUCGGUUACAGAGGACGAAUGCAACACAGCAAACACAGAUAGACAAGUACAAACACAUGUCUGAGGAGGCCAAGGGGAAGUCUGACAGUCUACAUAACCAGCUGACUGCAGUCAAAAAGGAACUGGACAGUCUGAAGAGGUCCCAGAAACAGCAACUGACAGCACAAGGAGCGACAGAGGUUAGGUUAAACAGGGCUCUGGAGGAGGUGGACAGGUACAAGGAGGAGCUGUACAAGGCCAAGUCAUCAGCCAAGGACACUACAGUACAAGAGAAGAAAAGGGUAGAGCAGCUGAUAGCUGAGAAUAAGCGCCUGGAAAAACAGAAAAACGAGCUCAUGGCUGGGUUUAAAAAACAACUUAAACUCAUUGAUAUUCUGAAAAGGCAGAAGAUGCAUAUAGAAGCAGCAAAGAUGUUGUCAUUUUCAGAAGAAGAGUUUGUCAAGGCUUUGGAAUGGGGAAAUUAGACGAAAAUUUGUGCUUUCUACUUCUGGACUCCAGAAGAAUGGUUUAGUGUCAACAGAGAAAGUAUAAUGAAGAGCCUGGUUAAUUGAGCACAGAAGUUUCAGGGGCUGAUGUAGAAUGGAGAAACUGAACUGAAAUAUAUGUGGUUUGCUGACUACAGAAGGUUCAGGAGCUGACCAAGACUUUAGAAUGGAGAAACUGAACUGAAAUAUAUGUGGUUUGCUGACUACAGAAGCUUCAGAAACUGACCUUAGAUUGGAGAAAUUGAACUGAAAUAUGUGUUUUUCACUGAUUACAGAAGCUUCACAGUCAUUGGUUUGUGAAGUCCUUGGAUUUUGGAAAAACUUGACCGCUAAAAGCUUGAUUGAAAAUGGAUUUGCAGUAUUUCUUUGAGUAUUCUGAAAGAAGUUUGCAGAUUUGCCAAGAAUUCUAGA